AAGUUGAAUAAAUUAUUUUAACCAAAUCCAGUAUUUAUAUCUAUAUAUUUUUUCUUUUUGUCAAGAUAAAGCCAAAUUUUCAGCAAAACGCUAUAACAUUUGAAGCCGGCCCGCCAUGUUCUAAUUCCAUUUUUCUUUCUCUACAUAAAUUCACAAAGUUUGAGUUGCUCAGUCCCCAAAAGGAUAAGCAUUUUCUGGACCCGUACAAGUACGUUUUACUAAAGCUAAACAAAAAAACAACAAACACGAAAAUUCGCCAUGGAUAUACUCAAGAAAAUGUUCCAAUCGGAAUUCGAGCAGCAGCAGCAGGAGAAAGACGCUUCCGCAACCGCCUCCAACAAGGAUGAGUUCCGCAAGCCCCAGUGGUUCGAGGAGGCCGAAACUGAUGAUGAGCUCUUCGAUGACGAUCGCAAGUUUGCGUUCCAAGUCUUUACCAGUCCAUUGGAGAUGCAGAAGCACUUUGAGCGUCAACUGCAGCGUCUGCUGGAGUCGGUGCAAGACAAUGAAGAUGCUGGAGUUGAGCGUAACUUAAGGGAAGAUUUCUUGAAACCCGGCUUCGAAAGCAAAAUACUUAAAGAAUUUCAUAAGAAAGAAAACUCGCUCGACACCGACUUGGAUGGAGAAAUCUAUCCAGAUCAAUUGUACACGCUGAUACAACGCCUGAAUCCGGAGGAGGGGCACGAAAAUAUUUUGCCCUCCAAUCAGCGUGGCUUGCGCGUGCCACGCGUUAAGCUUUCCGAUGAGGAGAUCAUCAUGGGUCGUAUACACGGCACUCUCAAUGCCGAAGGCGAAAUGAAACCGGCCGUGUUGCUGCCGGCACGGCCGCCGAGCGGCAAGCCGAACAUAAUGACGCCAAUGACGCCAUUUGGCGGCGUCUUCGAUGGCACCUAUCAGGGCCCGAAAAUGUUCAGCCAGAGCGUGAUGACGAAGACAGUGCGCAAGCCGGAUGGCAGCUAUGAGACCAUUAAAGUGACCCAGGACUCGACCGGUCAGAAGACGACAACUGUGACGCGCAUUGUGGACGGGCGCAAAGAGACAACGGUCAGCCAAGAGGGCACGGGCUCGGGCACGGGCCGGCAGGCGGCAAUUGGAGCUGGUGGAGAUCGUCAGGCGUGCAUGAAUCGCAAUAUAUUUGUGACAAAAGAAGGCUACGCCAUGCCACGGAACCUCUGGUGACCAGUGGUGAACAACUAUUGCCCCAAUCAAGAUAAGCGAUCAAUGCUGCUCCUCCAGCGGCAGCAGCAGCAGCAACAACAGUAUGAAGAUAAGCUAAAGCGAUUCGUCGGCAACAUAGUCCCACACAACAUCCAAAUUAGAACCUAUUACAUUUUAGUUUACAUUCUCUUAAGUGUUUGUUGGUGUUUUAGAUGAAACGCAAUUGAGACAACAGAUGACGACGAUUAUUGACCAUUGAUUAUUUGAGCAGCGACCCACAAAAGGCACUCGCUGUUUGUGUAUUGUGAGCAGCGCACCAGUUGUGCGCCCCCACUUUCAGUUCCAGAGCAAGCUGCAGGAUACACCCCUCAGCACUGAGGGCAACGCCAUUCCAGACGACGGCAGCCCAGCCCACUCGUCUCGUCUGGUCGUUGUGAUCAGCUGCAGGCUCGGAGUUGGUGUGAACGUGAUUCUUUUCAGUUUUGCCAGUCCGCCUUGGCACCACCGCACGUGUGGCCCGUGUGUGCCCAGCCCCACAUGCUGUGGCACUCGGAGGCAAUAUAUAUUUAUAUUUCUUUUUUUGUCUUUAUAUUCUUUUCGUGGUACUAUCUGUGUCUCAAUGGAGCGUGCAGCAUCUAGAGUGCCCGUAGUAAAGAAGUAGCGGAAGCAAAACGCAUAUUUAAACAAAAAAAUAUACAACAAUCAUAAUAUACCGGCUCGUACAAGCAUAAUUAUGAUUUCAUUAGGUUUCGAUAAACUUACUUAAAUGCACACCCAGUAUGUUGUGGUGUGGUCGGAUCUACACACAUAUAUUAUAUCUAUUUCUAUUUGUUUUUUUUUUUUUUUUUGGCGACUUUUCUUAUGCAAGCUCAUAUGAAAUUUGUUUGCAUACAUAUUUAUAUACUUAAUCGCAUAUUAUUUACAAUUAUUGCUAAUCUCUAUAUAUACAUCUAUUUAAGUUGGUAAUUUUCUAUUAACAAAUAGACCACAAUGCUAACGCAUACAUAUACAUUGUAUUAGAUAUCAUUCAAGAACAUGCAAGUGAAUAAAGUGUUGUGCAAUAAGCGAGUGCAGCAAA